CAUAAAAAUGAUAAAAACAUGAUUUUGAAGGUUUCAGCACAUACAUAUACAGUCUAUCUCGAUGCUUCAAAAGAAAAAAAAACUGCGAACGUGAUUACUGCGAGUGAAUGGAUGUUAUCAGCGCUGAAUCAAAAUAGUCUUUGUUUUUCUACAGGCAAAAGCUUAUGAUUUCACGUAUUUUCAAUAUAAUCCAAAACAAAAACAUGAACAUCGUACCCCAAAAGUCCAUGUAUAUUUAUUUGGCCGAAAACAUACACAGAGUACAUAGCACAUACACACUUUAUAUUAGAAAAGAGAAAAAGGGAAGAGAGUGCUAUGUCAUUUCUUCGUUAUAAACACAUUUCAUAUGCUCUAUUUCAUUAUUAUUAUAUAUGAAAAAUGUAUGUGCGACAUUCGCUGUGAAUAAUAUUCGAAGGGAGCUGCUGAACGAUCUACUAUGCAGUAGAGUGAAAUAAUUCCGGGGUGUUCGUUCCUCAUUCAAACAUUCUUUUCAUAUAUACGCGGCAUCGAGGCACUAAAUAAACUUAAUAAAGUUGUGUCGCUUUGUACACGGGGAUUAGAGUGGAAAGUUCGUUGCAAGAAGUGAAACCGAGCGGUGGAGAAGCAGAAAUAAGAAAGAAAAAAAAUUGUGUCUGGUGAAAUAUUUGGAUAAAGUGUCAUAUUUCUAAAGAGAAUACGACGAUGGUGACUGGUGACAGCACAAAAAUGCAAUCACGUUUUGACGGUAUAUCAGUCGAUGGUAUCCGUGAUCAGUAUGCUGACGGGCGUGCGGCCAAGGUAUGGGAGGUGUUCGUCGGUGAUAAAAGUUCUCAAAUGCUUGACGUUGCUUGUGGAAAAUGUUUUGAUGUGGUUUCAGUUGGUGCUGCCGACAAAAUGCUUAAGUAUGCACUAAAAGAGCGUUGAAAUCGCCGCAAAGAGCCCGGCUUUGAUAAUUGGAGAAGCCAAUUGGUUAACAUUAUAUACGAUGACAUUAAACCAUUGAUUGGUAAUGGUUUUGAUGCGGUCAUCUGUUUGGGCAAUUCUUUUGCACACAUCCUAGAAAAUUAGGGCGAUCAACGUGAACAAAAUUUGGCCAUUAAAAAUCUUGAACGAUGCGUUCGAACCGGCGGUCUUUACAUUUUACUGAUUGAUCACCGAAAUUAUGAUAAUAUUAUGAAUACAGGAUCAACACCAGCCAAAAGCAUUUAUUAUCAGAGCAAUCAAACCACCGAUAUUAAAACGUCUGUUUUAUAUGUUGACGGCAAACCAUUGUUAAUUACUUUAGAUUAUAUCAUUAAGAUGAACAAUGAAAAUAAUGUCUCUUAUUAUCCGCACAAGUUAAAUGUGUUCAGCCAAAUUCUACGGGAUUGUUUUGGGGCGCGUAUGAUGCACCAAAUUUGUGGUGACUUGAAACAGCUCAAUGAGAACAUUAAUCCAGCAUUUUACAUCCAUAUCGUGGAGUAGUUUUAAUGAGAAUGUGGGUGACGCUCAUCGUUUUACAGCAAAGCAUGGCAAUAAGACAACAUUGCUUACUAACGCCACCAAAUAACUUCAUAUAAUUCUAUAUAGUUCUGCGGUUGC